UCUUAUUUAUCUUACGCUUUUUCCCCGUAUUUUUCACGACUAUUUUCAAGUCUCGUUGGCUCAAAAAAUUUGGAAAAAAGGAUUGAUUGCUUAUCGGACUUAUAACAUUCGAGAUUUUGCUGUGAAAGGUAAAGUGGAUGAUUAUCCUUAUGGGGGUGGUCGGGGCAUGCUACUAAAAAUUGAGCCAUUAGUGCGGGCUUUGGCAACUAUUCAAGAAAUUCAUGCACCAAGUUACGUUAUUUUACUUACCCCCCAAGGAGAAAGGUUUCGGCAAGAAGACGUGGCUCGCUUGCUUAAUUUGGGACCUAAUUUAGUUUUUGUUUGUGGUCGUUACGAGGGAUUUGACGAGAGAAUAGUUAAUUAUGUAGACGAGCAAAUUUCUCUUGGUGAUUUUAUUACCAUGGGGGGAGAGAUACCGGCCUUGGCUAUUACUGAGGCUUUAAUUCGAGCCGUUCCAGGGGCUAUUAAGAAAGAGUCUUAUCAGCAAGAAACUUUUACUAACUCCCAACUAGAUUUCGCUAAUUAUGCUCCGCCGCGGAUUUUUGAGGGUUUGGCCGUGCCCGAAGUUUUAUUAUCGGGCCACCACCAAAAAAUCGCGGCAUGA